GUCUUCUAAGUGUUUCUAUGCAAUUUCAUGUGUAAGAGUGUGUAAGAGGCAAGUCUUGAUUUUGGCUAGCUUGGUUUAAUUGCUUCAAUCAAACAUGGCGCAAAUGAUGAUAUCAAGGAUCGCGGUUCUAUCAAUUAGGAAAAGUAACCGUGUAUUACCACGAAUACCUGUGCCCAUAAAAUAUCAACGAUCAUGUUUCCACACAAGUUGGAUUCUCGACGUGAAGGGAAAGGAGGUUUUGAUGCCUUCUUUGUCACCUACUAUGGAAACUGGUACUAUUGUCAAGUGGCUUAAGAAGGAAGGUGACAAGAUUGAAGCUGGCGAUGCACUUGCUGACAUUCAAACUGACAAAGCCGUUAUGACAAUGGAAGUUGAUGAUGAAAGUGUUCUUGCAAAAAUAAUUGUCUCAGAAGGAACCAAGGACAUUAAAGUAGGAACAUUGAUUGCUCUUACUGUUGAGGUAGAUGAAGAUUGGAAGUCUGUUGAAAUGCCAGACAGUGUUUCAAGCGUAGCUACAGCUGCUCCAUCAGCACCUUCCACAACAUCUACUACUCCUGCCCCUGCCCCCAGUGCAACAGUUGAGCCACUCCCAGGCCAAAAUAAUAUUAGCAUGCCAGCCUUGUCACCUACAAUGACCUCUGGUACAAUAGUAAAAUGGCUCAAGAAGGAAGGAGAUGAAAUAGAGCCUGGAGAUGCAGUAGCAGAGAUACAAACGGAUAAAGCUGUUAUGACAUUUGAAUUUGAGGAUGAAGCUGUGUUCGCAAAGAUUCUUGCUCCUGAGGGAAGUCAAAUUGAAGUAGGACAACUGAUUGCCAUUACAGUUGAAAAGGGAAUGGAUUGGAAAAAUGUAGUUGUUCCGUCAACUACAAAACCAGCUGCGGCUACUCCAGCCGCAUCAGCAGCGCCGGCUGCACCAGCAGGGGAUAAGAAACCUGCUCCGAGUGGACAAGUCUAUGGUUUAGCGGUGAAGCGAUUGCUAGAAGAAUACGGUCUGAGCUCGGGUUCCAUCAAAGGAACUGGACGACCCAAUCGAUUAUUAAAGAGUGACGUGUUAGCCUAUAUUCAGGCAAAUAAUGUACAAAAAAUUUCUCCAAAAGCGGCUUCACCGCCGAAAACUGAAAAAGGUAAGGAACCUGCUGCUAGUCCUGCGAAAUCUCAUGUGCCUGCUGGACAGCCUUCUGCCUAUGAAGACAUACCAGUUACGAAUAUACGUGUUGUUAUCGCUAAGAGACUUGGAGAAUCAAAGAGUACAAUUCCACAUUCGUAUGCUUACAUCGAUAUCAAACUAGAUAAACUGAACGAAAUCCGCAGCGAACUUAAGACUGAAAAUAUUAACGUUUCGAUAAAUGAUUUUAUUACGAAAGCGACUGCACACGCGUUAGUCGAAUGUCCAUCGAUUAAUACGUUGUAUCAAAAUCAUCAGAUUAUACGUAUGCCGAGAGUCGAUGUAUCUGUAGCAGUUGCCACAGACACAGGCCUUAUCACGCCGAUUAUUUUUGACACCACAGCAAAGAGUUUGUUAGAAAUUUCAAAAAAUAUUAGAGAACUUGCCGAGAAAGCUAGAAAUGGUCGAUUAAAGCCAGAAGAAUUUCAAGGAGGAACAUUUACAAUAUCUAAUCUGGGAAUGUUUGGUAUCAAACAGUUUAGCGCUAUUAUAAAUCCUCCACAAACAGCAAUACUUGCUGUUGGCGGUGGUCGAGAGGAACUGGACGCUACGCUACAAAAAACAACGAAAAUGUCGGCGACAUUGUCUUACGACAGACGAGCAAUCGACGAAGAUCAAGCUGCAGACUUCUUAGCCGUUUUGAAAGCUAUGUUAGAUGAUCCGUCUUUCCUUAUUGCCGGAAGAUUACGAGCGCACAGGUACGCACAGGAUUGACCUUUAAUUAAAUCUCGAUUCUGAAAUGUUUUGUUUAGAAAAAUGGUUCAGUUAUAGAAAAUUUUAAUGUUCCCUGAAUAUUAACGACACAUAACUCAGAUCUGAAGAACUAUUUUAGAACAGACGUACGAUUUGAUUAAAUUAACUAGGUCUACAACCUUUUUUCAAAUAAACAAAUCAGACAAAAUUAAGAGCGUUAUUCGUAGCUUCAAAUAUUGUAACAUAUGCAGAGUUUGAUUUACAA